AUGCUGUGCACGUACUUUGCAGGAUUCAUAAGCCUGGAUUGCGGUCUUCCUUCAAAUUCAAGCUACAAGAACGAAGUCGGUUACACUUACACCUCAGAUGAUGCCUAUAUCGACUCCGGAGUGAGCAAGCAAGUUGCUCCCGUCUAUAGAAGCAAAGUCCCAGCCAUGUACCAGAGGCUAAGAAUCUUCCCGGAGUACGAAAGAAACUGCUAUGACAUUACGCCGGUGACCGCCGGAAAGAGGUACCUGGUGCGGGCCUCCUUCAUGUAUGGCGACUACGAUGGCAGUUUCCAGCCGCCGAGAUUCGACCUCUACUUGGGCCCUGACUUUUGGUACUCUCUCAGCUUCGACAACGCGACCCAUGCGGUUUGGACGGAGAUAAUAGGGAAGGCGACGUCGUCUUCCAUGAGCGUGUGCCUUGUUAGGACCAGCAAUGGAGGAACUCCGUUCAUUUCCGGUUUGGAGCUUCGACCGCUGGACGACGACAUUUACGCAGUGGCCAAGUCUUCAGAUGCAUUGAUUACAUAUAAACGCAUAGACACUGGAUCUACUCGGCAACAGAGGUUCAAAGACGAUCCAUAUGACCGCAUCUGGACUCCCGACUACAACGCCUACGGGGCGCCUCGAAACACGACCGAGUCCAUCAGCUUCACCAAGAGCUUCAUGUUGCCCCAAGCCGUAGCACAAACCGCAGUUGUUUCAAUUAGGCCCAUAGUGAUCAGUUGGGCAGCAGCAGCACCCAGCGAUCGCUUCCAUGUCUUCAUCUACUUCUCAGAGGUCCAGCGCUUCCCCGUUCCUCAAACCAGGAAUAUCACCAUCACCAUGAAUGGACAAGUCUUCAUUGAUUCCUUUGAUCUUAGCUACCUUCGCGUGACCACUAUAUACACACCAGAUCCUUUGAGUGAAGGAAACUAUACGUUUAGCAUCUGGGUCACAAGGAGGUCCACACUGGGUCCGAUCCUCAAUGCGUUCGAGAUUUACAAGACUUAUAGUGCUACCGGAUAUGCGACUUAUGGCCCAGAUGUUGAUGCAAUUACAUCAAUCAAAGCUUACUAUAAGGUGAAAAGGAACUGGCGUGGUGAUCCAUGCCUUCCAAAGAAUAUUCCAUGGCAUGGCUUGGGCUGCAACUAUGAUAAUAUUUCAACGCCAAUAAUUACUUCUAUAGAUCUUUCCAACAGCGAAUUAACGGGGAAUAUCACUCAUCUCUUUUCUCAAUUGACAGCACUCCGCACACUCAAUUUAUCAGGAAAUCACCUUCAAGGUUCAAUACCCGACUUUUUCGCGACAAUGAUGUCAUUGACUGUAAUAGACUUGUCCAACAAUGAAUUGACCGGCACUGUGCCGAAGGCAUUGCAGGAAAGAGCACAGAAUGGAACUCUGCAGUUGAGGGUUACCAACAAUCACCUCUCUGAGAUAUCCACCAAUUCUUCGGCGAAUAAAAUGAGCAAUGGAGUGAUCCGCACUGUGCUGGUCACAUGCUUUAUUUUCCUAAUAGUUUAG